AAUAUAAUGCAUGUCCCGGUGGAGGCGGAGACACCGGGGACCUGUGGAGCCGGUUGUUUCACUUCACUCUUUCCUCCCGGUUUCCGCCCCACGCCAGCGGGCUGUGCGUUGAACCAGCACGCGCACCGGGGCCGAUAAACCACGUUAUGCGCGUGUCGUUGUUGACGGUCCAACCGACGGAGGAGCGAGAUGUGUGCGCGCGAGGCGUCCGUGCGUUUGGCCGCUUGGUCGUGCGUUCUGCUGGCCGUCGUGUGCGCGGACUCCGAGAUUAACGUCUACGGGAAGCUGGGCGGUGAAGUCCUCCUCAAGCCGGGUAACGCCUCCGUGACCGCCGCCGCCGGCGCCGCCGCCGCCAUCUGGACGCACGAUCAGAACAUCGCCAUCGACUUCGAUGGGGCGGAAACAGUUCGAUAUCGGCAGUUCAAAGAACGUGGGAGCCUGAACCCGAAGAACGGAGAGAUGACGAUCACGGGGCUGACCCGAAGCGACAGCGGGCUGUACACAUGCGAGGUCAACGGCGUGCUCGCGAGUCCGAACCUCCGCCUCCUCGUCAUCUCUGCCGUCCCGAAACCCACCGUCGGCAAAUCCUGCGACGAGGAGAGCUGCACUCUGACCUGUGACGGGGACACCGCGGGCGCCGGCCCGGUCACCUUCAGGUGGAGGUCGGACGGCGAGUCCACGACUGGAUCUCAGGCGCUGCACAUCACGAAGGACGGAAGUUCGGGAUUCAAGGAGUUCAGCUGCGAGUUGGAGAAUCCGGUCGGCCGGGAGCGUAGCCAACCCGUCCCCAACCCUCUCGCCUCCACAAGUCCCGGAGGAAAGCUGAACGUCUCCACGGGAGUCACGGUCUUCAUCGCUCUGCUGGUCGCCGUGCUGCUGCUGGUCGCCGUUCACAGGUUUAAAACAGGAAUGUGGUUCUUCCAAAAAACAUCCAUGCCGUGGGAACCAAACUUCUGGAGGAAGAACGAGAUGCCACCAAGAAAUGCUGCUGCAUCUAAUGGCACCUCUGCUCAAGAGAAUGGGCAAAUAGACGAGGAAACACCGUUGUCAUAGGGAUCAAAGGGAAGUCCGGACCUGUCGUGUGUCAAACAUACUUCUUUUUUCAUUUCCGUCCCCGCCGGCACACAAUAUUAUACUCGACUUGUUUUUUUUAUUUUUAAUAUGACUUUUAAAAAGUAUUUUAAAAAAUAAGAACGAUCCGCCACGAAGCCUGGCUCCCGUAUUGAGAUGGUUUCUUUUUUGUAUCUGUAGUGCAUAAACAUCCGUUUAUCCAGCUGCUAUAUUAACCUUUUUAUGUAGUUAUUUAUCAUGUGCAGAAACGAAUGUUACGAGGCUCAAUGAGGGGGCCUCAAAGUUUAGACAAUACCAGGAAGUGGCCCCCUUUUCCUGACACCGACUGGUACCUCCAGGUCCGGUGUGGGGAGGAACCGGGCCGAAGAAGGGACGCCCUUUGUGUGUUUUGGGCCAACAGGCGGCUCAUUGUCCUCAGUGUUCUGCUUCACUUGCGCUUGUGUGUUUAAAAAUGGGAGGACAGGUGUGUGUGUGUGUGUUAUUCUUAGUUUCGUAACUAGUAUAAAAUACUUUGCACUUCAACGCAGCUGAAAGCAUUAGCUUUCGGUAAAGAAAGUCCCACUUAUUAAAGAUCAAAUUAGUCUUAGUCGGGAGUUGUUAGCGUGGUAUUUAUUGUGGCUUGAAGUGUUUCGGGAUAUAAAGAAUGUCUACGUAUAAAUUGAGUGUUUUUAUAUGGGAUGCAUUUAAUAAAAGCACUGAAUAUCGACCCCUUUUUAAAAAAAUAUUUCUUUAUCAAAUAAACAGCGAAAUAAAGAAAGUUGAACCACUUGAGGGCAGCAGGUGAUGAGCCGAGUGUGUUUUAUUGCCA